CACUGAAUACAGAAACAAAGCAGAGCCGCAGAAACACAAGGAGAGUGGGACCUUAUAAACUACAGCCAAGGCCUUUUCUAUAAGAAGAAAGGAUAUGUUUUCUUUUGAUACGCAGAAUCAUAAAACCUCCUCUUUUCUUCUUCUUCUCUUCCACUCACUCCUCAACCUGAACACUAAACAAUUUUUUUUUUCUUACUUUGGUCUCAAGUUUUUGUCUCCAUUUGGUAGUUCUGUGAAAGUGAAGAGAGAAAGAUGAAGAUACAGUGUGAUGUGUGUGAGAAAGCUCCGGCUACACUUAUAUGUUGUGCCGAUGAGGCUGCUCUAUGCGCUAAAUGCGACGUCGAGGUUCACGCAGCCAAUAAGCUCGCUAGCAAACAUCAACGCCUUUUUCUUGACUCUCUCUCCACCAACUUCCCUCCAUGCGACAUCUGCCUUGAGAAGGCAGCUUUCAUAUUCUGUGUUGAGGAUAGAGCUCUUCUCUGCAGAGACUGCGACGAAGGGACCCAUGCCCCUAACACUCGCUCUGCUAAUCACCAGAGGUUCUUGGCUACUGGAAUCCGAGUCGCUCUGAGUUCAGCUAGUUGCAGUAAAGAAGGGGAGAUGACUCAUUUCGAUCCAUCUAACCAGCAGAUUCUCUCUAAACCUCCAACUCAACAGCCUGCUGCUCCAUCUCCUCCAUGGACUGGCGAUGAGUUCUUCACCUACUCUGAUUUUGAGCGCAGUAACAAGCAGAAAGAGCAGCUCGAUAUUGGUGAGCUGGAGUGGUUUGCAGAGAUGGGUUUCUUUGGGGACCAGCCUGAUCAAGAAGCUCUACCAGCAGCUGAAGUUCCGGAGCUUUCGGUUUCGCAUCUGGCUCAUGUUCAUUCCUACAAUAGACCUAUGAACCCCAAUGUUUCCAACAAGAAGCCGAGGCUUGAGAUCCGUUACGAUGAUGAAGAGCACUUCCUUGUUCCUGACCUACGCUUAAACUAUGGAAGGAGGAACUAGAGAACUUAUAUGCAGCACAUGAUUCAAACCAGUAUUAUAUGUAUUUUGUAUGCAAUUCAAAAAAAAAACAAAUCUUUUAUUAGCAAAUGAUGCCUUGAAUUUAAACAUAAGUCUAUUUAAAUCA